AUAUGCCAUGGCAGCGGACGACGGGCAUCCAUCGGCUAUCAUUCUACGGAAGCGUCACGAUACGGCAGCGCGCCCGCGCCACGCUGCCCGCGCGUCGGCGCACUUCCCACGGCUCCCUUUCGGCUGCCCUCCAACUCUUGCUGGUCCAGCAGCUGCUCUGGAGCCGCGCAUUGGUAGGGAGGCAGGGGACGGUGGCCGCGUACGGGUCGCGCACAACACACGUCGCGUCCGAGGCUACGGGUGGACGGGAUGGCUUGUCACUGGUCGGGGACAAAGCGCGGCGGCGCGCCGCGACGGCGGCAGGAAACGCAGAGGUAUCGGUCUCUGGACGACACGAUGUCUCCGGUUGCUUGUGGCCGUGUCUUAUCGCGUAUUAUGAUUUGUGUUUUCUAGGUACGGACACUAGGAGCACUGGGUGAUUUUGUAUUGUGCAGUGGAUUACUGAGGCUAGACGUGGAUACUCUUAGCGAACGGCACGAUAAAAAGAACUCAUCGCCCUUGAUCGACGGCGCUAGCGACAAAUUGAAGCCGUAGCAGCAUGACUCAGUCUAUAAAAGACCUGCUCAUAGAGAAGUGUAAACUGCACAAAGUCAAUACGACUGGUUGCAAAAGCGCGGACGACUACCGACAAGCGCUGGAUGAGCAGGCGCCGCAGUGGGAGCAGGAGGAAGAAAAUGCGCCGCCGCGCCGCCGCCGCGCCGCGACCGAAACCGACAAGAAGCGGAUGAGCGGGGAGGUGCAGCCACCGCUGGAGACGUCGUGCGCGAAGAAGCCGAAGCCGCCGCCGACGCUAGUCGCUACGAAACCGGACGUCAAGGAGCCGUCGGACGCGCUCGUGAAGGCGUGCGAAGCUGUAUUAGCCAAUCACGGCAAGCCGCCGCGGAAGGAGGGCGACCGGAUCAAGUCUAGCGCGGUCUGGCUCGCCGUCAAGCGCGAAUUUACCGUGACGGGACGGAGUGGGUAUAGUCGUGACAGUGCACUAUCUGACGCGACGCUCCUGCUCUACGAACGUUAUGAGGCCAUCGACGACGACACCGCGAGGGCGAACUCCCCGCUGCGUUGGCUCAACGCGGGCACCCAGAUCAAACAAGGUAAGCAGCAUCGCCCUGGGGGCAAGAAGAAGAAGAAGACUGAAGUGGACGCGAUGGCGACGGAGGUCGCUACAGCUGUGGCGGCGGCGCGCACGGCGAAGAUCAUGCACUCGGUGUACGGCAAAGGGGCCGUCGAGUUAUCUGGCGAGGUGCACGGGCUCUUAGCGGAGUACACGCUCGUCAAGGUGCUGCGCGCGACGACGGUCCAGGAAGCGCUCCAGUGGGGCGUUGCUCCGCCGUGGCUGACUCAGGAGCAGGUCGCCGCAUUCUGGCGCGUUCUCGCGAUGGUCCACCCGUUGACGCCGCUGUACGACAUCAGGGAGGGCGCGCUCGUCCCCACUGGUCUGCCCCGCGUUGAUUUCUGGAUCGCGUUGGCGGAGCCGAUCGCGCGGUGUGCCGCCUCGCUGCCGGAGUUCGCGUCGCUGCUGCCGCUCGUCGACUACAUGUGCCCCGUCCACGUCAAGAAGAAUGCGCCGGAUUUCGGCCCGGGCGGCGGGGCCCACGCCGGCGCCACGCUGACGUCCGGCAUCGAGGCGCACGCGCGGCGCUUCGUGAAUCGGCGCAGCUCGAUCGUGCGCGGCCCGGACGCGCUGCGGCGGUCGCCCACGGACGCGCACACCUACGCGCCGCGGGGCGUGGCGACGGACGAGCUCUCCUGCCCGACCGAGGGCCUCAUCGCCAACGUCUCUUUGGCGAUGAAGAACGGCGAGCUGGCCGUCGAGGGCGCGUUCAUCGGCGCCACGCGCCACGAGACGUUCGACUUCGGCGACGACAACGCCGCGAUGGUGACGACCUUCACGACGAAGGCGGCGGCCGCCGGCCACGGCGACGCGCGCGACUGCAAGCGGUUCGAGCGCGAGAACGCCUUCGGCCACGCGCUCGCGGCGGCGUUCGUGGCGGCGGUGCUGAACGUCGCCGACCUGGCGCGGGUCUCGUCCUGGGUCCUCCGCGAGGCCAUGCGCAAGCCGCCUUCCGCUUUUGUUCGGGAGCUUUACCAGGACAACAAGGUCGUCGAGUGGGCCCAGCACGCGUUACCCGGGACUGGCCUGGAACUGGCGCUGCGCAACGCGUUGGUGGCGGCGGAUCUGCGGCUCGAGAUGGACAGAAAGGGCGGGGCGUACGACUCGGCGCUGCUGGCCUCUCGCGACGCGUUACUAGAGCGGCUUCGGGAGCGCGACGCGAGGCUCGAGUGGAAGGCGAAGGUGCAUAAAGCGGUCGCCGUUGUGCAUGGGGCGGGCGGCCUUGUUGGGACUGCUCGCAAGUGCUGCCUCGUCGUAUGGACCGACCUGGGCUCCGGCCCCCAAUUAAUUAGUGCGGCGGACGCGCCGUUCUGCGUGGAGAACAUCGAACGGACGCUCAAAGAGGCCCACGACCUCCACGUGAUCCUCGACGCCCUCAGCACUACGGACGCGCGCGACGAGGCGUACGGCGAGUUCCUGAAGAAGAGCCCGUGGUUGCAGAACACGCGCCUCGGCGUCUGCUUUAUUGGUGACUUAGAUAACGAGGGCAAGCCGCUGAAGGCGCACACGCGGCGCGUUUCUUUCGCCGCGGACUGGGCCAUCGUCAAGACGGACAUUCGCGCCGCGGUCGACUACUGUCUCAAGCGCCGCGACGAGUGGCGCGUCGUGACGCCGGACGCCGAUGAGUUAAGGCGCCUGGGCCCGCGCAUGCCGACCGCCGAUCCGAUCAAGCUCGUGGUGCCGACCAGCGCGGGUGUCGCGACGGACAUUACUCAGCCCGCGCCGCCGCUGCCGCCGCUCGUCGUGCAGCCGCGCGGCGACGCCGGAGGUCUCGCCGGCGCGCCAAAGCCGCCGCCGCUGCGCACGCCGAAGGCGCGGCCGACGCCGUGGAAGGAGAGCGUCGAGAGGGAGUCCAUCGCCGCGGCGCGGCCGAAGAAGAAGGCUCGCCGCAAAAAGUAAUUUUUUUCUUUCUUAACUACAGAGACACUAAAUAUAAAUUACAUAUCACGC